AACUACUAUUGUUUAUUUUAGCAAAAUCGAAGGCUUAUCUAUAUCGAACAUACAUAGAUUAGGCACAUUUAUCAAUAACAUUUUUUGUACAACAUUUAGUUGGAAAUGGGUUUGACACAAUCAGUAGGCUAACUAUCAGCAUGGCCAGCGCUUUCGUUCAAUUGCCCACAUACUACGAAAUUCCACGCGUCAAACAGGCCCUCGAUAAGCAUACGGAUGAGACGUUUAGACAAAGUGUCACGUCCUUAGUGGUCAUACUGACAACCUUUUCGGGCAUAGUUUUGUCGCGUAUCCUAACGCAUCGACUAUGUAUGCGAAGAAGUUUGGCGUACAUCUUGGAAUUCGCACUGAUUGUGGUGCCGGGUACACUCUUUGUUACUGUGGCAUAUCCAUAUAGCGUCCACUUUGUAGUGUUUAUGGUUUUGUUACUUAUCGUUUAUAUCUGGUGUACACGUGCAUUGACUUACGCUAGAAAUCGUGAUCUGUUCGAUUUGGGCACCCGUCCGGCUUUUCUUACUGUGCUUCGAGCUUUAACCCACUUAAUUACAGCCAUAUGCAUACUAGCCAUUGAUUUUGAGUGCUUUCAUCGUCCUUAUCGUAAAAGCAAGAAUUAUGGCGCUCAGCUCAUGGAUACGGGAAUUGGUUUGUUUGUUGCCACCAUGGCUAUGGUAUCUCGGCGCUCGCGCAAUUUUUCGGACUUACGUCGCAGUUUGCUACGAUCGGCAUUGCCACUGAUACUGCUCGGAUGCGCACGCACUUUAUCCAUAACUAUAAUCGGCUACGGCCAGGACGAUCACGAAUAUGGCAAGCAUCUGAAUGCUUUUUUUAUUCUCGGCCUAACCAAGCUCCUGGGUAGCGUAAUCAGUUACUUUGCCCACAACGACAUGCAGUUACUGCCAUUCUCCUUAGUUUUACUGAUAGUGCAUCAGAUGGGAUUGAGCUUUGCUGACAAUGCCGCCUAUGUCAUGGAUGAAGAUAUUGACCGCUCCUCUUGGCUGAACGCCAAUCGUGAGGGUCUCUAUGCACUGCCAGGCUUUGUGGUCAUAUAUCUGUUCUUUAUAUACUUCAUGCGUUGGUUGUUGUCCAACACGCUGCUCAGUUAUGCGGAAAUGUUAAAGAAACUGCGUCAACUACUCUCAUUCGCGCUUCUUAGUUGGGCUCUGACACUGGUCAGCGUCUAUACUGUGGGCGUCUCUCGGGUCACAUGUAAUCUGGGAUACGUAAUGUGGAUGCUGGCUAUAGUUAUUACUAUGCUUUUGCUCAGCUUAUUUGUUUUUGACUUUAUUAUUAAUAGCGUGGUGCCCACGGAAUAUAAUCCUAUUGAGUGCGUGGAGAAAGGCGUUAAGGUGACGGAAGAAUCAGGAGAGAAAUCUGUUUGGUUUAUUAUCUGCGAAGCCUUGAAUAUGAACGGACUCACGUUUUUCUUGUUAGCCAAUCUUCUCACUGGCUUUGUAAAUAUCUUCUUAAAACCUGAAGAGCGCUCCGAUUCCGUCUCACUGUUAAUUCUACUAGUAUAUAUGUUUGUGGCCACAUGUGUAGUGUAUCAUUUAUUUAGCAAGCGCAUCCGCUUAGCUUAGGUAAUUUUCUUAGCCACAUUGCCUAGCUUUGUGAUUGGAUUGGAGGAUAAUUUUGUAUAAGCGUA